CCCGUGAGACCGACAACCCGGUGUACUUAUUUGUGGUAUCUUUAAAGCUUUUAAAAGCAUACCUAGGUGCCGAUUGCAAAGCUCGAGACAGACUUGCAGAUGCUAAGCAUGGUGGCUGGGUUUGAUGCAAGCUAAUUGCAUCGUCAACACUUCGCCGGUUGCAGGUUGCACCUUCGUGCACCUUCAACAUCAAUGAACCAUGACACGUGCUUUCCAGCUCAGCAGGUGUAGAGCCAUCCAUUAUUAAAGGUCGAGGGACUCGCAGCCAAAGGCAAGGUCGUCGCGUCUGUGUUGUUUUCCGCCACUUUCCAUCAUCUACUAGCGACAAGAGCUUGCCUCUCCAGCCUCCCCAUUCUGCAGAAGAACCUUUCACCGUCUUUCCCUCAUCUUGCUCCGCAACUGACUUACCAAUUUACAUCCUCCUUUGAGAUCUUGAAACUCCCCAACCUAGUCACCUGCCCGGAUACGGAUACCUACUUAUCCUCGAAGACUUAUACAAUGUCAGCCGCCGAAUACUAUCAACAAGACCCACCACAACAGAGCUACGCCUCUCCGCACCCACCACCACAGGCCUACCCUCAAUAUCCCCAACCGGGCCUCCACCACAACAAGGGUACUAUCCACCGCAGGGGCCGAUGCAGUAUCAGCAACAGGCACCCCCGACGAAGAGCAGCGGUGGCGGUGGUUGUCUUAAGGGCUGUCUAG